AUGCCUUUCUUUGAUAUACAGAAGAAGUUGGGCAUUGACUUAGACCGCUGGCUGUCAAUCCAGAGUGCUGAACAGCCUUACAGGAUUCCAUCUCGAUGCCAUGCUUUUGAAAAAGAAUGGAUAGAAUGUUCACACGGGAUUGGUGGCAUCCGCGCACGGAAAGAAUGCAAUGUAGAAUAUGAAGAUCUAUUAGAAUGUCUGCUCCGGCAGAAAACGAUGAAACGACUGAGUGCCAUCGUGAAACAGCGGAAUAAGCUAAUCAAGGAGGGGAAGUACACACCUCCACCCCACCACAUGGGCAAGGAGGAGAACCCAAGGCCCUAA